AGUCGUGUUUUUUAAGCUUUAAUUAAAACAUGUUACUCGUGCCUCCAUCUGCAAUGGCACAAUCAAAGAUGCUGUAUCAAAUAAAUAAAUACUACGGAGAAAAGGUACAGGUACGCAUGAAUCAAAUUCAUAAGACAAUUCGUGAAGUCUGUAAAGUGGUGCAGGACGUCCUCAAAGAGGUAGAGAUUCAAGAGCCUCGAUUUAUAUCCUCUUUAACUGAGUGCAACGGACGGUUUGAAGGACUCGAAGUAAUUUCGCCAUGCGAAUUCGAGGUAGUACUUUACCUUAACCAAAUGGGUGUUUUCAAUUUUGUCGAUGAUGGAACCCUGCCAGGCUGUGCCGUUCUUAAGUUGAGCGAUGGUCGUAAAAGGUCGAUGUCCCUUUGGGUUGAAUUCAUCACGGCUUCGGGAUAUUUAUCAGCCCGUAAGAUUCGUUCUCGGUUUCAAACGUUAGUGGCUCAAGCUUGUGAUAAGUGUCCCUAUAGAGAUUCAGUGAAAAUGAUUGUAGAUACGUCAGAAGUAAAGCUAAGGAUUCGUGAACGUUAUGUUGUUCAAAUUACGCCAGCUUUUAAAUGCACAGGCGUUUGGCCAAGAUCGGCUGCACAUUGGCCAAUUCCUCAAAUACCCUGGCCGUAUCCAAAUCUCGUAGCCGAAGUAAAGACCGAAGGUUUUGAUUUGUUAUCAAAAGAGAGUAUAGCGAUGCAAGGUAAACAAUCAGCUAUGGAAGGAGAUGCGUGGGUAUUGUCAUUUACGGAGGCAGAAACGAGGCUGCUUCAAGGAGGCUGUCGUAGACGAUGUCUGAGUAUUUUAAAGACAUUAAGGGAUCGACAUCUUGACUUGCCAGGCAAUCCAGUUACCAGUUAUCACAUGAAAACAUUGUUACUCUAUGAAUGUGAAAAACAUCCAUUAGAGGUGGAAUGGGACGACUCGAGUUUGGGUGAUCGUAUUAAUGGGAUAUUCUUACAGCUCAUUUCGUGCUUACAGUGUCGGAGAUGUCCACAUUAUUUCAUACCUAAUUUAGAUUUAUUCAAAGGGAAAUCAUCCAAUGGAUUAGAAAAUGCGGCUAAAGAAGUAUGGAGAUUGACAAGGGAGCUAUUAAUGAAUAGUCGAGCUCUUGAGAAACUUUAGCAUUACACGAUUUGAAUUAUUUGAAUUGAAUUUGA